GUGCUAUUCAUUCUAUCUAUCCAUUUUAUGUUCAUCGCCGACAACCGCCAAUUCCUUUUCAUUUCGGAGCAAAUCCCUCUCUUUCUGUUUCGCUGUGUUGUCAGCUGUCUCUUGGAAUUCGGAAGGUGCUGGAUUAUUCUCCAUUCUGCUCUUUUGCAAGUUUACACCUGUUCUGCUUUGUGUUAUAGAGAUUUGUGUAUCACUGCAAUUACUUUCAUGGACAAUGUGCAUUUGAGUAAUGUUGCUGGAGCAACGUAAUCCUGAUCGCAGAAGUGCUUUUAUAAGUGGAUCUAAUAUCUGCUUGUCUGGACUUGAAAAUUUAAAUUUCCACCUCAGUAAAUAUUGCUUGCCCCGCAAAGAGGCUUCCAGUAUCAACAGAUUUUACUUUUCAAAUUGGUUUUAAGAUGUCAGAAAUUGACAUGGCAGUUAUUAAACCUGAGAUGAUGAAGCCCUAUAUCUGGCUUCAGACUUCAGAUGGUUCAAUCCAACAAGUGGAACAAGAAAUUGCAAUGUCUUGCCCUCAGAUUUGUCAAGAAAUAAUGCAAAAAGGCAUGGGAUCUUCCAAGAAUAAUGCAAUAUGUCUUCCUCAACGGGUCAGCCCUGCGAUGUUGAGCUUAAUUCUUGAUUAUUGUCGUUUUCAUCAAGUACAAGGACGCUCAAACAAGGAACGGAAGUCUUAUGAUGAGAAAUUCAUUAAGAUGGACACAAAGCGGCUCUGUGAGUUGACAUCUGCUGCGGACAGUCUUCAGUUGAAGCCAUUGGUUGAUCUUACAAGUCGUGCGCUUGCUCGAAUAAUAGAAGGAAAAUCUCCAGAGGAGAUACGUGAGAUAUUUCAUUUGCCUGAUGAUCUUACAGAGGAAGAGAAGUUGGAACCCUUGAAAAACACUACUGAUGACCCAAGGAUCAGGCUUUUGAACCGUUUGUAUGCCAAAAAGAGGAAAGAACUAAAAGAGCGUGAGAGGUUAAAGAAUGUUGAAGUUGAAGGAGAGCAUGUAGAUGAACGUUCAGUUGAUGACCUUUUGUCUUUUAUUAAUGGAAAUGAUGAAGAUCCAAAGGGAAGCAAAACUUCUAAGAAUAAAAAGAAGAACAGAAGAAAAAAGGAGCAACAGAAGAGCUCUUCUUUGAAGGAAGCUUCUGAACUAAACAAGAAGGAUUUAGAUGGUCAUAAUACGAGACACCGAAGUGCCGAAGCUGAUGGAAUUGCCGAGACCUCAAAUUCAUAUACAGAAGAUGACACUUUUUCUCAUAAAGAGUUUGAUGAUGGAGAUCUAGAUGAUGAGAUUGAUCCUGCACUAAAGGAAAAAAUUGACAGGGAAGUGGAAGAUUUUGCCCGCCGAUUGAAUUCUGACUGGCCAGAGAGGAUGCAAGAAUUUUUAUUGUCAGGGCAAGAAAGGAAGACAAUGCAUCUUACUUCCAAUGGGAAUGGUUUCCUAAGGCGAAAUACGUGACUGGAGUCAGAAUGGAAAUGAAUGCUUACCUCUGAACUUGACAGAUGAGUUAGGACUUGACUCAGAAUGGAAAUGAAUCCUUACAAGCUCAUCCAGAUGGCCAAUGGCUUGAACAAUUUUGAGAGAUGCUGACAAGCGCUAGAAAAGGGUUGCAUGUCAGUUUUUAUUUUUCCUAUUUACUGUUUAGUUGUAUUCUUUACAGUUCAUUGUUGGUGCUUGGCCCAGGCGCAAUUUGAUGCUGGGGGCUGUCUCUUGUACUUAUAAAGAAAUAAAAAAAAAAAUGGAGCUUGUAUGGAACAUAUUUAUCUUGUGCAUUUGCCUUUGGUUUGUUUCCUAUGAGUUUUGAUUU